UGCUCGCGUAGUAAAGACUUCGUUCGAAUCCGCGUGAAACGUCUGCGAGAUUCUUGCACACCCAGUUCAUCCGUCCGUCCCGGUUAGAAAUUCUUUAAAGCAAAACCAGUUUGCGACAAUUUGUGAAGAACGCAAAAAUAAGACGACACGUUCGACAGUGUAACCUGAAGCCCCCCCCCCCCAGCAGCACUAGCAGCCGCAGCUGUUGACGCAUCCCGUUCAAGGCCAACGAUUUUCAUUCGAUUUUCCGUGCACCGUCCCGUCAAGCAGUUGGAAAAAUGUUCAGCGGAAUUACUGGUGAGUCGAAGCCUUCCCUGAAGAACCUCGGCAGCAAGGCGGAGGGCCUGUUCGACAAGAAGAAGAAAGAGGCGCAGGAUCUGGCCAACGAGAAGGCGCAGGCCGCCAGCAGCCUCGCCGAGGAGCAGGUGAAGAAAACGCAGGAAUCGUUCAGCAAGACUAAAAACGAGGCGGAAUCGCUGGCUUCGUCGGCGGCCAGUGAGGUCGAUGCCACCAAGCAGCAGGCGUCCGCGGCGGCCGAAUCGACCUCCCAGGCUGCCGGAACACUGAUGGAUCACGCGAAGCAGGCCGCUGAGAAUGCGAUCGCACAGAGUGCCGUCGUUGUGGAGAAGGCCAUCGAGGAGCAGAUGAAGGUGGCCGAAGAGAAGGUGGAUGAAGGUAUGAAGCUGGCGAGCGAAGAGGUCGACAAGAAGCUACAGGAGGCAAACCGAUUGGCCGAAGAAAAGCGUGGCGAACUGGAGCAGAAAGUAAAUGAUGUUACCACGAAGGCACAGGAUACGGCCGCUUCCGGUGCUGCCGGACUGCUUGGAAAAUUGAACCUUGGAAAGUAAGGCGCCGCAGGCCGUCGACGUAUCCAGAAGGAUGGAGGAGCAUGCAACACAAAACUAAUGACCUUGCACAACGCUUUGCUGCAGUCAGCGCAUUGGAUGUGCUCGUUUAACGUGAUGAUAUUAAGCUUUUUGGAGAACUUUUUUAUAAUAUGAUUAAUGUAUAUUUUUAGCAUGGCCAGCACAAAGUUGCGAAAUAGAAUCUCUUUUUCAUACGGUUAACGAAAAAAAAUUGAAACAACUCAGAUAUUACACGCCUCGUACAAAACUCUAGCAGAACGAUAUUGCCUUACGCGAAAAGGACGAGUCUUUGAAAGACAAACUAGGAGGAAACAAUAGACACGACGAAUUGCCUGCAAAGGGAAACAUUUUCCUAAUGUAGAUGAAAUGCCAUUGCUUAUAUCUACCCGAUGAAGCCUUAAAAUGUUGUAGGACGUUUUACAGUACAAGCGUGCUGUACUGUAGAAUCUUAGUUUACACUUCACAAACAGGAACCGAAUGUUCAUUUACACGAUAAUUGUUAUGCGUUAAGUUAAAAUAGACAGGCCAGGCAUGCGGUUUGUUUGUACGCAAGGUAGUUUUGGAUUGUUAAUAUUUGAAAAGUUUGAAUUAUUUUGGCCACAUUUUAUAAAGAAAAUAUGUAGAUGUAACAGAAGCAAAAUUGAAACAUGAAAGAAACCCGUUCGUGGGAACAAUGUUAGGUAGCAGUGUGGAACAGAAUGGGAGAUUUUCUAUUUCCACAGCACAUUGAUUUGUUUGCAGAAGUUUCCAAAGAUUGCUGCCAUGUGCUUGUUACACUGUAAUAAUCAAUAAAUAGAUUUUAGAAAGAUCUA